UGCCGUUUAUGUAUGUAUUAGGUGUAUGAGUAUGAGACAGGCCGCUUUGGCUUUGGUUUAUCUCACACUAUAUCCACCUUAUAUUAUUACAUCAUUACAUUUGAGUUUUUGUUCCAUCCAUCUCACACCAAUACAAGGAAAAUUUGUGGAGGCGAGCAGUGCUGACACUUAGAAGGGGUUUGUGUUGUGCAAUGUCAGUUGGAAAUCCUUCCAAGGAGUUGGUUUCUUGUGUCAUUCUUGACUUGGAUGGGACUCUUCUUAACACAGAUGGCAUUGUUAGUGAUGUUUUGAAAGUUUACUUGGUAAAUCAUGGGAGGCAGUGGGAUGGGAGAGAAGCUCAAAAAAUAGUUGGAAAGACGCUAUCAGAAGCUGCAGUUGUAAUUAUAGACGAUUAUGGACUUUCAAUAUCUGCAGAUGAAUUAAUAUCAGAGAUCACCCCAAUUUUAUCUGAUAAAUGGUGCAAUAUCAAAGCUCUUUCGGGUGCCAGUCGGCUGAUUAAACAUUUUAGGGUUGAAGGUGUUCAAAUGGCUUUGGCUUCAAACUCUCCUAGGGCAAACAUUGAAUCUAAAAUCUCUUAUCAAUCAGGCUGGAAAGAAUCCUUCUCUGUUAUUAUUGGUGGCGAUGAAGUUACAGCAGGAAAGCCAUCUCCUGAAAUGUUUCUUGGAGCAGCUAGAAAGCUUAAUAUUGACCCAUCCAAGUGUCUUGUCAUUGAAGAUUCGCCAACCGGCGUUAUGGCUGCUAAGGCUGCUAGAAUGAAAGUGGUUGCUGUACCAUCUCUUCAGAAGCAGUCCCAUCUUUACACCGCAGCAGAUGAGGUGUUCAAUUCUCUUCUUGAUUUGCAGCCUGAAAAGUGGGGCUUACCUCCAUUUCAAGAUUGGAUAGAGUGUACAUUACCGUUAGAACCUUGGUACAUUGGUGGUCCAGUGAUCAAAGGAUUUGGGCGUGGAUCAAAGAUUCUUGGAAUUCCUACAGCUAAUAUAUCCACAAAAAAGUACUCGGCUGUUCUUUCAGAACAUCCCUCAGGUGUUUAUUUUGGUUGGGCUAAAUUAUCAGAAAGAGGUAUUUACAAGAUGGUCAUGAGCAUUGGCUGGAAUCCUUAUUUUAGUAACACAGAAAAGGCCAUUGAGCCAUGGUUGUUGCACGACUUCGAUGAGGAUUUCUAUGGUGAGGAACUUCAUCUCGCGAUUGUUGGUUACAUACGGCCUGAGGCCAAUUUUUCAUCUGUGGAGAGCUUGGUAGAGAAAAUUCACCAGGACAGGAGAAUCGCGGAAGCUGCUCUUGAGCUUCCAUUGUAUGUAAAGUACAAGGAUGACAAAUAUCUGAGGAAACCUUUAAAUGGAGAGAACAAUCAUUUAUAAGUAUCUUGUAAAUAAUGUGGAAAUAACAUUCACUAUUGGAUUGUGUAAUGCUAGCUGUAUCUCAGCAUCUCCAAGCCCUUGCAUUGUAACAAAAUUAUUAAUUACUGAGGACUUUUUCGGUAAGAAAUUGCUAAUUUUUUUA